AUGGGUAAGGCUUGUGGUUUCAAAUGGAUACUAUUGUUAUUCUUUACUUUUAUUUUCAUAGAUGGUUCAGCUUCCAUAGCCAAAGUAAGUAUCAACGAAACUGAACUCUCUCAGUGCGUUUCUCUAAACCCGUUUCAGUACAAAUGCGAUCCACCUGAAAUUAGUUUAGAGACCCAACAAGCCUCAUCUUGUCAACCAGACAAUUCGGUGAUAGUGGUCUGCGAAACAGUUCCUGGGUUAUCGUGUAUCGGACAGUUAAAUGGAACCCAAAUAUUCACUCGAAAAAUUCCUAACUCGUGUUUUUAUGAUGCUCAUGUACCACAUUCUACUGCGCUUUUACUCUCAAUUUUCUUAGGAUUCUUUGGACUUGAUCGCAUCUAUUUAGGAUAUUAUGCCAUCGGAUUAUUCAAAAUGUUUUCGUUAGGAGGGUUAUUCAUUAUAUGGAUCACAGAUGUUGUUCUUAUUGCUCUGCAAAUUCUCCUACCUUCGGAUGGAACAAAUUAUUAUAUGCCAUAUUAUGGACCUCGGUCUAUCCCUGUUCGAUUUGAUGCUCAUUCAACUAACUAUUCAAUAUACUCUUGUGCAGAUUGUCCCUAA